AUGGUCCACACCCGUGGACAAGGCGCCCGGCCAGAGGGUUUUUCCGAGUACCAACCUACCAAACGUGAGCGAAAACCGCGCGACCUUGGACACGCUGCGUCCAUGGCGUCUCUCAUUGUCUCCCGCUACCCCCAUUCUGAGCUCUCUGCCCCCCGCUGCUUCACCGUGGACCCGUCUUCCCUGACGGAGGCGGAAACGAGUGGACCAUUCCCCCAGAGAAAGCCCCAGUACAGAGAUGCGUCGACCCAGACGGACGCCGAGCUAACGUGCAAAUGCCAAUUAGAGCCCGCGAGCGCAAAACGGCGACGAGACCCAGACGAGAGCACCGACCAGAACGCGUCGAAGCGGCGCAAGGCUGUCACCCCCGAACAGCCCAAAUUCCUGUUUUCGAAGACUCGAAACCGAAGCCUCCUGACCUCUGCACCCCCAAAACUCAGCUCCCGGCAUGAAUCUCCCUUCUUCCAUCGAGCUUUCGAGCCCACGAGCCCCGAGUCCAGCCCAACUAUCCACGAAAAACGUCCUAAGUUGCGAGAGCGACCGAGCCCUCAGCAACCGAAAACCCCUGCCCCAACCCCGACCCCAGUAGGCAUUCUGGGAAGCGUGAGGAAAUUUCUAGGCUACCUCACUGGUAGCGGUACACAAGGUCCGGCAGAAAAUGAGACGCAACAACAAACCCCACAACAAAGCAGUCAGGGUGGUCCAGACCAAGACCAAGAUCCAGAUCAAGCACAAGACAGAGACACAACUGUCACAGAACAAGAGGAAUUCUCAGAACAAGGCAGUCCUACCCCAACACCACGAAUAACUCUGCACGAACCUGAAUCACCUGCUCACAAUUCUCCUGCUGUGGAUAGCAGAAUCCUUACUCGCGAAUAUUUCAAGAAACGCAGAACAGCCAACACCAUUGCAGGUCGGGAACAAUUGGCAGCUAUGGCCGAUAGUACGGAGAGUAAGGCGGCGGACUUCAACCCCACCGAUACCCCAGGCACCAACAAGCGCAAACUCGCUUCAGUUGAAGGCCAUAUCCCAGGCCCGAAAAGCGGCGGAUUUGGAAUCGAUGACAGCUAUCUUGACAUGGAAAACGAAGUCGAGGGCAUCGGCGAAUCAUCAUUAGCAGAGGCUCAACCUGCCACACCCGCUACUAAACUUCCGCCACAGACUCCCCUACGUUCUGCAAUGAGACAGGUCGGCACAAAUCUCGGUUCAGUCGGCCGAUCUGUCAAAUCAGUGCGCAUCAAUCCGGUUGACUCAGUCAAAGCCGUCUAUGGCCAAUAUGGUCGCUCUGGUGACUAUCGUGGCAGCACCUUUGCUGACCUCUCAAGUCAGUCGCCGGACUCCUCAUCUUCUCUUCCAUUUGACGUGGAUCACAUACAUUCGCCGACCACAAUGCAGAAUACCAGAGGGAAUGGGACCUUUAGAUUCCACCUUGAUCCUAACGUCACUGAUCCAAAUGAUGACACCUGGCGCCCAUCUCUUGCAAAUCCUCGACCCGGUCACUUUCGCGUUCCUGAUGCGGACGAGUUUGAGGACGAAGAGGAAGAUGACACGUUCACGCCGCAUCAUGCGACUUCACCGGAAGAAGUACCACCUCAACCCAGUACCCCUCGGAUGUCACACGCAGAACUCCCACAAAGUACUCCAUUCGAACAAUCAGGGUUCACAGGACACACAGACAGCAUCAUGGUGAACGAGACACAAGAGUUGCGGCUCAACAAGGCGAGAUCAGACGCUCAAAAAUACAAACCCGCCAAAUCUUCUCGGCUUUCUCUGAGCGAGCAAGCACGAUCACGUUCAUCGUCUCCCCCAGCCUCAGAAACAGAAUUUACCGAACCGCAACUCGGGCCGGGAACGCCGACGGCGGAGAAGUAUGCUGGCAGACAAUUCCAUGAAACACCCGUCCCGGCUAGUAAACGACCUACAGUGACGAGACUCAUGAGUCGCGAAGAGUUGGACAACACCGUGAUUGGGGAAGACGGCAUGACGGAGUACGGACGCGAGCACCAAUACGACUCGUGGGCGGAAGACCUGCUAAAUGGUGCUAAUGCCCCAUCACCGCAAACAUACGUCGAAGCCGGGAUUGCGUCGUCGUAUGUAGAAUCCCUUGUACAAAAGACAUGGACAGAGAGAGACACCAGAGAAUCCAUUGAGUUCUGGGAGAAGGAGUUCGAGGAAGGACUGAAGGCCGCACGGGAGGCGAGCAAUCGCGGGAAAGUGUUGGUUUGGGUGACAGAUCCGGACGAGAUUGUGGAAAUGGAACAAAAUGGGUAUUGA